UCGGAUCGGGAACGAACUGGCAAAGUGCGAGCCUCGCUUAGAAUCGAUUUAAUUGUUCACCGUAGCGGACGACGAUCGAAAUCUUCGUGCCCACGAGGGAAGAGGGUCAGUUCAACGGCACAAUAAACUGGGUCAGCUGAAGAGUUUUGGACAGACGGUCUCGUGAAUUUGCGGAACGAAGUUGAUUUAUCGCAUCAAACAAAAUGGUGUCCGCCGAAACGAUUGGUUCCAUAUUCAUUAAAGUGUUCAAAUUGGUACUGAACCUGGUGGUACUGAUAAUCUACCGAACCGGAUACGGGGGCGAUUUCCUCGGUAUCGGCGGAACGUGGAACCUGAACGAGGAAAAGAGUCCGGAUGCGGAAAUCGUCGCCUCCGGGGUGUUCGUCGGUUAUUUCAUCUACACCUCGGUGCAGCUGAUCACAUUCUGUUUCGGAACUACGAAGCUGAAGCGAGAGCUGUCGGACACCAUCAUGAACGUGGUCGGAACCUUCAUGUGGGUGGCCGUUGGCGGAACUGCUCUGCACUAUUGGCACGGAUAUCUGGCCGAGCAUGAUUUCCAGCAGAUCACCUCGGAACGAACGGCCGGUCUUGCUCUCGGAUCGCUUUGCGUCGUCACCGGUGCUCUGUACCUGGCCGAUUCGGUGCUGGCCUUCAUUCAUUACGCCAAACACGAGAACAACAAAUACUAACUAAUUGAGCAGAUCGCGAAGCCGGAGUGAAGCUUUUCCUAGAGCUUUUUAAGUAAAAUUUAUGUUGCCCCCGGUCACACAAGCAUAGCAAAAGACACCCACACAAACACAGAUGUGCACCGCGUUGUGGUUCGCGAAAGUGUGAAAUAUAAAUUACCUCCAAAUCGUGACAACAGUCCAACCCCCAUCCCAAUCGCCGCCAUUCGGAGAAGCCGGCAGAGCAUUUAGAUCGUAGUGAGAAUUUUAUUUUUUUAGAAUGUAUGAUACGAGAGGGAAAACUGUCAUAAUUCAUAAUGUGAGUAAAGACGUACGAUAAGGUUUAUAAACGUUUUUCGGAAGUAGUUUCCUACUCCGAAGCUUAAAAUAAAUAGGUAAGGUAAAAAUUUCCAGUCAUUUUUACAGACAAUUCUUAAUAAGUUAAUGAAAUAAAGAACAAACCAUAGGUUAAGGACCAACACGAAA